UGCAUUGAUUCGCUAUCACUCGCCCUAAAGACUUGUGCCCAGCCUCAAGUAGUUUGCUGACUCUGUUCGUUGUAAUACAAUUGAGCUGACAAGGAUAAUACACAUCACCACAUCAGUUUCGAGUUCGCGAAAGGAUCCAGCUAAAGUUCAACCGAUCAACCAUCUAUAUAUCCCGCCGUGAAUUCGAGAGUCGAGAGUUCUUGUCCAGCUCAAUUCUAGACGCAAACAGUUCAGUACCAGGAGCGAUUUUCUUGAAAAACAAAACCACCCAGUCAGAUCGCAAAUAAGCAGUGAAAGUGUCAACACAUUUCGAGUGCUUAUUGCAAUUCAAACAAGAAAAGCGUAACCAAGCAUAUAAGCAAAUAGUAUUCUAGUGUUUUUGCCAACACUUUGCGUAAAUUUUUGUUGUUCACCCCAAACGAAAACAACCCAAACACACAAAACAAAAUGAUGGCCGUUGCAGCAGCCCAAAAGAACCGCGAGAUGUUCGCCAUCAAGAAAUCCUACAGUAUUGAGAAUGGCUAUCCAUCCCGCCGUCGCAGCCUGGUGGAUGAUGCCCGUUUCGAGACCCUGGUGGUCAAGCAGACCAAACAAACCGUCCUCGAGGAGGCCCGCAGCAAGGCAAAUGACGAUUCUGUGGAGGAUUGCAUUGUGCAGGCUCAGGAGCACAUUCCCUCCGAGCAAGAUGUGGAGCUCCAGGACGAGCAUGCCAAUCUGGAGAACCUGCCCUUGGAGGAAUAUGUUCCAGUUGAAGAGGAUGUUGAGUUUGAGAGCGUUGAACAGGAGCAGUCGCAGGAGCAGGAGCCAGAAGGCAACCAACAGCCGACCAAGAACGAUUACGGUCUCACCGAGGACGAAAUUUUGCUGGCCAAUGCCGCCUCCGAAUCCUCGGAAGCCGAGGCUGCCAUGCAGAGUGCCGCUUUGGUGGUCCGCCUCAAGGAGGGCAUCUCCUCCUUGGGUCGCAUCCUCAAGGCCAUCGAGACCUUCCACGGCACCGUCCAGCAUGUGGAGUCCCGCCAGUCGCGCAUGGAGGGCGUGGACCACGAUGUCCUCAUCAAGUUGGACAUGACCCGUGGCAAUCUGCUGCAGCUGAUCCGUUCCCUGAGGCAGUCGGGCUCCUUCAGCAGCAUGAAUCUGAUGGCCGACAACAACCUGAAUGUCAAGGCUCCGUGGUUCCCCAAGCACGCCUCCGAGUUGGACAACUGCAACCAUCUGAUGACCAAGUACGAGCCCGAUCUGGACAUGAACCACCCCGGAUUCGCCGACAAGGUUUACCGCCAGCGUCGCAAGGAGAUCGCCGAGAUCGCCUUCGCCUACAAGUACGGAGACCCGAUCCCAUUCAUCGACUACUCCGAUGUGGAGGUCAAGACCUGGCGCUCGGUCUUCAAGACCGUGCAGGAUCUGGCUCCCAAGCACGCCUGUGCCGAGUACCGGGCCGCCUUCCAGAAGCUCCAGGAUGAGCAGAUCUUCGUGGAGACCCGUCUGCCCCAGUUGCAGGAGAUGUCCGACUUUCUGCGCAAGAACACCGGAUUCUCUCUGCGUCCUGCCGCCGGUCUUUUGACUGCCCGGGAUUUCCUCGCCUCCUUGGCCUUCCGCAUCUUCCAGAGCACCCAGUAUGUGCGCCAUGUCAACUCACCAUACCACACCCCCGAGCCCGACUCCAUUCACGAGCUGCUGGGUCACAUGCCCCUGCUGGCCGAUCCCAGCUUCGCCCAGUUCUCGCAGGAGAUUGGACUGGCUUCGCUGGGUGCCUCCGACGAAGAAAUCGAGAAGCUGUCCACGGUAUACUGGUUCACUGUUGAGUUCGGUCUCUGCAAGGAACAUGGUCAGAUCAAGGCCUACGGUGCUGGACUCCUGAGCUCCUACGGUGAGCUGCUCCAUGCCAUCAGCGACAAGUGCGAGCACCGCGCCUUCGAGCCCGCCUCCACCGCCGUGCAGCCGUACCAGGAUCAGGAGUACCAGCCCAUCUACUAUGUGGCCGAGAGCUUCGAGGAUGCCAAGGACAAGUUCCGUCGCUGGGUGAGCACCAUGUCGCGUCCGUUCGAGGUGCGUUUCAACCCGCACACCGAGCGCGUCGAGGUGCUGGACUCUGUGGACAAGCUGGAGACUUUGGUGCACCAGAUGAACACGGAGAUUUUGCAUCUGACCAACGCCAUCUCCAAGUUGCGACGCCCGUUCUAAGUGGAUGGGGGAAGAUAUAUGUAUGAUAUAUAGAAGCACCCAAAACACCGCCCAAAAACACACCAGCCACUCCCACCACCCAAACAUACACAUACAGGUGCAACGGUCUCAUUUAUACAAAUUAAUUUUAAAUUGACAUACCGCACAAUCCCUCGUACACGUAAUCCUUAAACCAAAAUUAAGGCAUCGCGCAUUAUUUUUAUUUUUUGUUUAUUGUUUUUUGUUUAAUUUUUAUUUAAUUGUCAUCAAAGUUGUAAUUGUCGAAUCGCGCACAUGGUAAAAACACAAAAAUCAAGCAUAUUUAUUUGUUGAUCACCCGAUACACCACCCAACCUGCAUAUUUAUCACCGCAACUAUUAUUGGACCAAAAAAUCUUUAGACGUUUAAGUGAUGUGAAAACAAAGCCAAGCCAAGCCAAGCAAAGCAAAGCGAAUUAAGUGAAGUGAAAAGCUGGGAAAGCAAAGUUCAGAUACAUCCGCACUUAGUAGGCAAAGUACCACACAAAACCGAUUGUAUACUCAGACAAAAAUUGUUUUUGUAUUAUUAUUAUCUUCAUUUUGCCUCUCACAAUAUUUACCUAGACUAUAUAGACACGCGAUAUAGUAUUCCCGGUAUAGGAAGCUUCAUUUAAAGAGAGUAUUUCUAAACAAAAAUGAUAUAGAUACAACAAUCGAGCAAGGAACAAAUGGAAAACAAACAAAAAAACGGAAAAGAUCAAAAUGAAAUGGAAAACAAA